AUGGCGGCGUGGCUGGGCCGCCUCUCUCUGGGCGACGCCUGGUUCAACAUGUACUCCCGCCUGCUGAGGACCAAGCCGAUGGGCUCCAUGGCUCGCGGCUCCGACGACCUCACCGAGCUCGGGGAGGGGUCGGGGGUCGGGCUGGCUAAGGUCCUGACCACCGUGGACCUGGUGUCGCUCGGGGUGGGCAGCUGUGUCGGCACCGGGAUGUACGUGGUCGCCGGGCUGGUAGCCAAGGCGAUGGCUGGGCCCGGGGUCAUCCUGUCGUUUAUUAUAGCGGCGAUGGCCUCCAUACUGUCAGGUGUGUGCUACGCAGAGUUUGGGGUCAGAGUCCCGAAGACCACGGGCUCGGCCUACACCUACAGCUACGUGACGGUCGGGGAGUUUGUGGCGUUUUUCAUUGGCUGGAACUUAAUCCUGGAGUAUCUGAUCGGCACGGCGGCGGGGGCGUCGGCUCUCAGCAGCAUGUUCGACUCUCUGGCCAAUCACACCAUCAGUAACUACAUGAUAACACACCUGGGCACGCUCCGAGGACUCGGUAAGGGUGAGGACACGUACCCCGACCUGCUGGCCCUGUUUAUCGCGCUCUUGGUCACCGUUAUCAUCGUUCUGGGUGUGCGUAACUCGGUGGGCUUCAACAACGUUCUGAACGUGGUCAACCUGGUGGUCUGGGUCUUCAUGAUCAUCGCCGGACUCUUCUUCCUUUCAGCUAAAAACUGGGAGAGCGGAAACUUCCUGCCAUACGGCUGGUCAGGGGUGAUGCAAGGUGCAGCGACAUGUUUCUACGCCUUCAUCGGAUUCGACAUCAUUGCGACAACCGGAGAGGAGGCGAAAGACCCGAACACCUCGAUCCCGUAUGCCAUCACCGCCUCGCUGGUCUCCUGCCUCACCGCAUACGUGUCGGUGAGUGUGAUCCUGACACUCAUGGUUCCUUACGAGCUGAUCGACGGCUCCGCUCCUCUCAUGGAGAUGUUUGCGGUGCACGGCUUCCUGUGGGGGAAGUACAUCGUGGCGGUGGGCUCCAUCGCCGGGCUCACGGUCUCUCUGCUGGGCUCUCUGUUCCCCCUGCCCAGGGUCAUCUACGCCAUGUCCCAGGAUGGCCUGCUGUUCAGGUGCUUGUCCCACGUGUCUGUGCUCACACACACUCCAGUGUUGGCGUGCGUGGUGUCAGGGAGCCUCGCUGCGGUCCUCGCUCUGCUGGUGAGCCUGCGGGAUCUGAUCGAGAUGAUGUCCAUCGGCACGCUGCUGGCCUACACUCUUGUGAGCGUGUGUGUGCUGUUGCUACGAUACCAGCCAGACGAAAACACCGACACACACCAGUUCACCUCAGAGGACGACGGGGGCGACCUGAACAACGCAGAGGUCCCGACGAAAGACGACCACAUGCUGAUCGGAGACGGCGACGGGUCAGCUUCCUACCACACGGGAGGGACUGAAGGAGAGGGGGACGACUCUGAUUUCCACACAGGCCGCGCCUCCCUGCUGAAAAGGAUUCUGGGAGGUCACUACUACACCCUGCGACUGCGGUUGGGGAUUCCCAGUGCGUCUGCAAGGCCCACCCCCGCCACGGGCCGCAUAGUCACCCGCUGCACCCUCCUCUUCUUCAUCACCUCCUUCCUCCUCUGGUCAACCGUCAUAUUCGGCGUUGAGCAGGGAGCCGGUGCCGCGGCUGUGUUUUCGGGCCUCACGGCUACACUGAUGGCGGGGUCCUUGGUGAAGCUUUUAAUACUGAUCAUACAGCAGCCGGAGAGCGGGAUGAAGCUGCCCUACAUGGCGCCAUGUGUGCCCUUCGUUCCCGCGGCGGCCAUUUUGGUCAACAGCUACCUCAUGCUAAAACUGUCUCCGCUCACCUGGGCUAGGUUCACCAUCUGGUGCUUCAUAGGUCUGCUGAUCUACGGAUGUUACGGGGUGUGGCACAGCACUCUGGAGGUAAACGCCCGCGAGCAGCAGGCUCACGCCAGUUCCUACCAGCGCUACGAUGACAACCUGGACGCCUUCUCCCCUGAGGAAUGCUCCCCCCCCGAGGACCAGGAAGAGAGGCCCUACCAGGGCUGGUCCGCCCCCGAGGAGAGAGGGAACAUCCAGCAGGAGGACCAGGAUGGAGAGCAGGAGCAGUAUGAGGGGGAGGGGGAGGGGGAUGGGGACGGAUACCAGUCCAGCAGAGGAAGGACCAAUCAUGGCUUUAAGGAAGAGGACUGA